AAUCGCGUCGAACAGCUCUCAAUGUCGCCCUUAAAGUAUUGGAUACUUGGUGGUUGCCUCGCCCUGCUAUUGAUACAAUGGAGGCGCAUGUCAUUGAAAUAUGAUCAUAAUGAAUAUUUGACGAAGACUCUGAACAAAUUCUUAGUUCCUCGCUGGGUUGGCUCCGUUGGCCACGAUGAUAUCAAUGAAUUUCUCAAGGAAGAGUUGACUCGACUGGGCUUUGACAUUAUUAACGAUGACUUCUUCGACGUAUAUUCAGUGAACAAUGUGAUCGGCGUUCUAAACACGGGAGCGAAGCGAUUCCUACUGCUCAGUUGUCAUUAUGAUUCGAAAUAUUUGGAGACAACAGAGUUUUAUGUCGCGGCUACAGAUGCUGUCUCCUGUGCCUUGUUAUUGAAUAUAGCCGAGGAGCUAAAUGACUUUUUACAUCAGGAAUUUGCCAAUCGCCCAGAUCUUGGAUUGGUGCUGGCAUUCUUCGAUGGUCAUGAAUCUGUUGAUGGUGUCCUAUAUCCGAGUCCGAUGUUGCUGGGCUCGAUCAACUUUGUACAUGUGGAAGUCGUAGCAUUAAAUAAGAUCGAUUUAGUUAUUUCCUUCAAAUCGAUUGGCGCACCAGAUCAAAUAUAUAUGAGCAAAUAUCAACGUACAUACGCAUUGCACGAUCGUCUAGCAGAUAUUGAGCAGGAGUUACGCAUUUCCGGGGAUCUUAGCAAGUGCCACCAGUUGUUUUACAAGCUCAAGGAUCAUAACAACGAUAUCGCUGAUGAUCACAUUUCCUUUCUGAAAAAGGGAUUACCAGUCAUGCAUAUAGUGCCCUAUGCUUAUCCAGAAGUCUGGCUUCAAGAAGCGGAUAACCUGGAUAACUUACACUGGCCGACAAUUCGAAAUAUGAACUUAAUUAUUAAGCGAUUUGUUUACGAAUAUAUAAGUAAUAGAACUUUGAGAACCUAUUCAAUUGGCUGAUUGAUAUUAAAUAAAG